AGGCCUCUUAACUAAGCAUGGGGGGAAGGGUUGCAGAGGCCUCUCUCUCUCACACACAAGCACAUGCUUGAGAAAGCAAAGUAAGCACAGGAAAACAGACAGCUCUGAGCAAGAAACCAGCUUAAAUCAUAAACCAGAGAGAAAGAAACAUAGUCUGUUUAAAAUGGCUUCUGAAGACUUUUAUAGUUACACUGUGCCAGGAUAUAAUGAGAAGCACAGGAGAGCUCGUAACUGGACGGAUUCAGAGAUGAAAGCUCUUGUGUAUAUUUGGGAAGAGUAUGUAACAGAGCUAAAGAAGGCUAAGCGCAAUGCUAAGAUCUACGAGACAAUGGCUAAGCAACUUUAUGAUUUAAGUGGGGAGCAUCGGCACAGAGAGGAGAUCAAGAUGAAAAUCACCAACAUGACUUUCCAAUUCAGGAAGCUGAAGUACACAGCCAGUGGUGGGAAUGGUGUACCUGACUGGCCUUACUACAAAUCUAUUGAGAGGAUCUUGUCAAAGAUACCAGAGCAAAGCCAAAUGAGUCCACAGAAUCUUCCAACAUCUGGCCCUUCCACCUCCCAACUUGAAUCUUCUGCGCCCCAGUCAGCUCUACCAAGUGGGUUUCUACCAGAGUACACUGGUUCCUCAGAAGACAGAGACAUCAAUGAUGAGAACGAAGAUCUAACAGAUAACUCUGAAAGUUCUUUUGAGAAAAGGUCGCAGCCACGCAAGAGGCGGAGACUGUCACAUGUGUCACUGCGACGAAAGAAGCUGCGUGUCCUGGACGCAAUGUUGCAGGAACAACGCAGGUUAAGCCGUGCCGUAGAAGAGGCAUGUCACGAAGUUCGCCGUGUUAUGCAUCAGCAAAACUUCCUGCAGGUGCAGAGCCUCCAGCUUCAGGAUCGAAUGAUGAACCUCCUGGAGAAGAUGAUCCCAGCUGUUCCUCAGCCUGCCCAUUCUUGGCCCAAUCCUCCAGCCUCAAAGGGCUUAGGAACACCUACAGCUGAGUGAUGGUACCAAAGAUACCCGAUAAGGACUUGCAUUCACAAAAGUGUUGCUAUGCUAUCCAAUUGUUAAAACGGUCAAGAUAUGACCAACUAGUUAUCCAAUAGCUGUACAUUUUUAGAUCUGUUUGAGCCCUGUUAGUCUUGUAUCAAUAAAAAUGUUAUGAAGACUUUGACAGGUGUAAAACACACAAAAAAUAUCUAGCAUGUUAUUUUGUUUGUGCCCCAAAAUUGACACAGUGGUGAUAUUUCUAUUAAGGCCUUGGCUUACUCACGCUUCGUUCUUCACUCAGAGACAAAAAAAAAAAACGUUCAAAACAGCUGGGCAACGGUUUACUGUUUGCUAACAUUGACACUGACCAUGCCACUGUGGUAGGUGUUCAGAGGAUCAUUUAAAUAUGAGGAUGCACAACAUUACAUGUAAAACCUUAUUAAUGUAACAUUAAAAUGUGUUAUCAAUUAA